UGAAAGAGUGAGCGACUUUUGGACCACACACAAAGCUCUGAGGAUCGACACGUCGGCACGAUUGAAAAAAAUCGCGGAAUAUUUCCAGUAUCUGCACCAGGUCGCCUUCUCGCAGCAUCUCGAGUCACGUAGCCGAUUCAUUGGAAACAGCGGACGGAGCGGAUCAUUGUCCUCUUCCUGUUCCGAUUUUCGACGCCUGAACAAUAGAUACGAGGCAGAGACGGCUCGUAGGUAUCGGCGUUUUGUCCAGUGUUGUGGAGCAAUGUUUUGAUUGCUUGCCGUGUAGGGACAUGAAGAGCUAGGAGUUGGAGGAAACUAGUUCGGCAUGUUGAUGUAGUCACUAAACAAACGUCCAAUUCCAGCGCUGCAAAGUUGAAGUACACACUCGGGGAAGGAUGUCAGCCUCGACAGUACAGCGCAUAUCUCGCGAGCUAGAGGAGCUCACGGGGAAACUCGACACCGUUAAGGACAUACUCGGGACUGCGGAUGCGAGCUCGAAGGCGUUUGUCGAUGAUUUCUAUGAACAGGGAAGUGGCAGGCUUUUCCGCACCUGCCUUGCUUUGACAUGCUUGUGUAUCAGGGUCUGAAGAUCAGUUUCCGGCACAUGAUAGUUUUUCAAAGUUGUGCCGGUCGCAAGGCAGAUGUGACGGGAGGGCUAUGCUUCUUCCGUUCGAUAAUUGUAUGACCGAAUGUCGGCAGCACCACGACUUUUUGCAGGGGAAAACCGAGUACGUGCUCACAGAAGGUACUUCAGCAAAGCCGUUGUGAUCAUGAAUCCUUUCGAUACACAAAAGCUGAUGUCUCUCGCGUAACCGUCGAGACGCAACGCGGGAUAAUGCCAUCUAUCGUAAUCGUCAAGUACUUUUCUAUCCAGGUAGCCAAGCAGACCCUUCGAUCGAUGGGGAGGUGUUGUUUAGCCAGAUGGUUGACGCGCUGGAGAAGUACAAUCAAGUCGACGUGGAGUAUAACGAAUGGAUCGCAAAGCUGCUUUACCAAGGUGACGCGCAAGCCGAACCCGGAAUGACUGCAUCACAACCCGCACCAGAAUCUAGAUCAGCGCCGGCGCAGCACAAAUCCGCCCCUGCGCAACCAAGCACUUCCUCGCAACAGAGCCUCGCGCCGGAGUAUACAGGUGCGGGUAGCAAGAGCGCCCCACCCCCAGCCGCAUCUGUACUACAGCCCGUUUCGUUACAAGAACCGCCACAGAGUAGUGCCUACUCGGACAAUUUGUCGCAGAAGUCGCUCGGUGGCCCGAACGAAACCCUGGCUGCCCCGGCGACGGGGUCUAAAAAGAAAACCGGUUCGAAAAAGAAGAAGAAAGAGCAGCAGGCUGACGUGUUUCGCCAGGGAGGUGACGUGUUCCCGCAGGACAGCGACUUUUUUCCCGGCGCCUUUGAUGCCUUUCCCGCCGCAACGGAAGAGGUACCGGCGUUCGACGCCUUCCCCAGCGUCACCGAGCAGCCAGCAGCGCCGUCCGUAGUACAGCCGGCGUCGUCACUCGGGUCGAAAGAGAUCGCCGCGACAGCCCCAGUGAUGACGCAGUCGGUACCUGCGGCUCCUGUAGUUUCAGGAGCGGAGCAACAGCCGCCAGUAGUGACAACCACUUCCAAUCUUGUAGCACCCGCCACGAAUGUUGUCGCAGCGUCGAUGCAGCAGUCUGCACCCGUGGUCCUUAAUACCGCGGAUACAGCAACCGGCCCAGCAGCAGUUGCAGCGCAGCAGGUAUUUGCGGCACCAACAGCAGGUGCAGGAAUUCCAGCAGGGGUCGUGCCGCAAGUAGUCGCGACAGCACCGGCGGUUUCCGCGAUUCCUUCAAGCGUGGUGGCGCCCCCGGGACGGAUGCGGUGCGUGUUGCGGCUGUCGAACUUGAAGUUGACCGACAUCGAGCAGACCGUGGGCACCGAGAUCUUCUCGCAACUUUUUCAGGGGCACGUGGCGCAGGCGUGUGGGGUUGCGCCGGAGAGGAUCGUGUUGACAGGCAUCAGCGACCGGGUGUCCCCGGCGGUGCCGCAGACCGUGCCCUUCUGA